UUGGUGUCUUAGCAACCAAACCUAGCAACUAGGGAAUCACUGCGUGCGGUGGAGCACAGCGGAAAGGCCUCGGAAAUUUUGCUCUCACAUCUCGCAGUUUCCAGCCUCCUGGGUAAGGGACCAGUCUUCUCUCCCUUGCCUGGGACUCUGGAAGCAUCUGAUUCUGGUGAACCUAAGGGGCAGCCUAGGACCAGAAGCCUUUCUCGAAGAAAAGGCUGACAUGCCCGUCCUAUAUGACAGAUUGCUAAAGCUGAAGGAAAUGUUUAAUUCUAAGUUUGGAUCUAUUCCCAAGUUUUAUGUUCGAGCACCAGGAAGAGUCAAUAUAAUAGGAGAGCAUAUAGACUACUGUGGAUAUUCUGUUCUUCCUAUGGCUGUAGAACAAGAUAUGUUAAUAGCUGUGGAACCUGUGAAAACACACACUCUAAAACUGGCCAACACGAAUCCCUUGUAUCCGGACUUCACAACUAGUGCUAGUAACAUUCAGAUUGACAAAACUAAGCCUCUGUGGCACAACUAUUUCCUAUGUGGAUUUAAAGGAAUUCAGGAACACUUUGGUCUUAGUAACCUAACUGGAAUGAACUGCUUGGUAGAUGGAAAUAUCCCACCAAGUUCUGGCCUCUCUAGUUCCAGUGCUUUGGUCUGUUGUGCUGGGUUGGUGACCCUUACAGUUCUGGGAAUGAACCUGUCUAAGGUGGAACUUGCAGAAAUUUGUGCCAAGAGCGAGCGUUACAUUGGUACUGAAGGAGGAGGCAUGGACCAGUCUAUAUCAUUUCUUGCAGAAGAAGGAACAGCCAAGUUGAUAGAAUUUAGUCCCCUGAGAGCCACCAAUGUGAAACUCCCAAGUGGAGCAGUGUUUGUGAUUGCCAACAGUUGUGUGGAAAUGAAUAAGGCAGCAACUUCCCAUUACAAUAUCAGGGUGAUGGAGUGCCGACUGGCUGCAAAGCUCCUGGCUAAGUACAAAAACUUGCAAUGGGACAAAGUAUUACGGCUGGAGGAGGUGCAGGCAAAACUAGGGGUUAGUCUGGAAGAAAUGCUCUUGGUCACAGAGGAUGCCCUUCAUUCUGAACCUUAUAGCCCUGAGGAGAUCUGCAGGUGCCUGGGAAUUAGCCUGGAGGAGUUACGAACCCAAAUCCUGAGUCCAAACACUCAAGAUGUGCUCAUCUUCAAACUCUACCAGCGGGCAAAGCACGUGUUCAGUGAGGCUGCGCGAGUGCUCCAGUUUAAGAAGAUAUGUGAAGAAGCACCUGACAACACGGUCCAGCUGCUGGGAGAGUUGAUGAACCAGAGCCACGUGAGCUGCCGAGACAUGUAUGAGUGCAGCUGCCCUGAGCUGGACCAGCUGGUUGACAUCUGUCGGAAGUUUGGGGCUCUAGGGUCACGACUUACUGGAGCAGGAUGGGGAGGCUGCACAGUAUCAAUAGUAUCUGCUGACAAGCUGCCCAGCUUCCUAGAGAAUGUUCACAAAGCUUAUUACCAGAGGAGUGAUGACUGCUUAGCACCGGAGAAACAGAGUUUGUUUGCUACUAAACCUGGGGGCGGGGCUUUGGUUUUCCUUGAGGCUUAAACAAUGUAAAAAAUCUUAAGAGAAACAAACUAUUUUUGGCAUUUAAGAAUUGGCAGGACUUCCUAUGCCACAGUAAAUUAAUCCUCUUUCUGUUUUGUAUUAUGAUGAACAGUUGCUAUUAUCAAGAUGUAUUUCCAAAGUAAUGGCUGAAAGCUCUCUGGGCUUUAGAAUGAUUAUUUUCCAUUUUAAAAUAUGUUUGUACUAUUAUGAACCAAGAUUAUGCUUGAACAGAUCUUUUGAGAAUAAUUUACUGAGAUUUAUUGAUCUGAAGAUUUUAAAGAUGAAUAGUAAAACACAUUCAAUACUGACUUAAUGGGUUGGGCUUGAAUUAAACUGAUACAACUGAAUUG